AUGAAGGUAAGCAGCUCCGUCGCCAAACCAUUCUUUCGGCGCAUGUUGCCCCAAAGUGAGCAGGUGAACUUACAAUUUGAUGCGGUAUUAGGAGAGUGCAAACACGUCAUCUCUGGCUACUUGAAAUGUAUCAAGUAUAAUCGGGGCACCAACGACGAGGCCUGCCGCAGAUUAGCUAAAGAUUAUUUGGCUUGCAGGAUGGACAAGUACGUGAAUCCCUACCCGAACUUUCAAUCUCGGAAGCGAAGGCAUUUGUUCAAAGACAGAUCUCUAGAAGGAUACAUACUAAACGGCGUGCCUUCUAUCUACAGAAACCUUAUGGCCCCAGACAAUUUCGAGAACCUUGGUCUUGUAUUCAAGGACAGCCAACAACAAUCCAAAACAUUAGGUGCAGAUACAGCAACAUCAGGUACAGAGAAGAAAUCUUAA